CCCCGCGCCGCGGCUCCAGCCGCUGCCGCCUCAGCCCCUCCACAGAGACGGCGGCGGCCGCGGCGGCUGAGUCGGUGGCGGCGGCAGUGGCGGCGGCUGCGGGCUGAGCGGCGAGUUUUCGAUUUAAAGCUGAGCUGCGAGGAAAAUGGCGGCGGGCGGAUUAGUAUCCUUGCUGAACAGUGGAAUCACAGACCAAUAAAAAUAAGCUUCUACUUGAACAUCAUUUGACUGGUUAGCCAGAUAACCCAAAUGAAAACUAGUUGAUGCUGUUCAGUCAUAUACCAACAUUUUCAUGACUUUUGAACUGUUGCUGAUGUGUAGUCACGAUGAGCGGAUUGGGAGAAAGCUCCUUGGAUCCACUGGCCCCUGAUUCACGAAAACGCAAAUUGCCAUGUGAUACUCCAGGACAAGGUCUUACCUGCAGUGGUGAAAAGUGGAGACGGGAGCAGGAGAGUAAAUAUAUUGAAGAAUUGGCUGAACUGAUAUCUGCUAAUCUUAGCGAUAUUGACAAUUUCAAUGUCAAACCAGAUAAAUGUGCAAUUUUAAAGGAAACAGUAAGACAGAUACGUCAAAUAAAAGAGCAAGGAAAAGCUAUUUCCAGUGAUGAUGAUGUUCAGAAAGCUGAUGUAUCCUCUACAGGACAGGGAGUUAUUGAUAAAGACUCCUUAGGGCCACUUUUACUUCAGGCAUUGGAUGGUUUCCUGUUUGUGGUGAAUCGUGAUGGAAACAUUGUAUUUGUGUCAGAGAAUGUCACACAGUACCUGCAGUAUAAGCAAGAAGACCUGGUUAAUACAAGUGUCUACAAUAUCUUGCAUGAAGAAGACAGAAAGGAUUUCCUUAAAAACUUACCAAAAUCUACAGUUAAUGGAGUUGCCUGGACAAACGAGACCCAGAGACAAAAAAGCCAUACGUUUAAUUGCCGUAUGUUGAUGAAAACACCUCAUGAUAUUCUGGAAGACAUAAACACUGGUCCUGAAAUGCGCCAGAGAUAUGAAACAAUGCAGUGCUUUGCCCUGUCUCAGCCACGAGCCAUGAUGGAGGAAGGGGAAGAUUUGCAAUCCUGUAUGAUCUGUGUAGCACGCCGCAUUACUACAGGAGAAAGAGCGUUUCCCUCAAACCCUGAGAGCUUUAUUACUAGACAUGAUCUUUCAGGAAAAGUUGUCAACAUAGAUACAAAUUCACUGAGAUCCUCCAUGAGACCCGGCUUUGAAGAUAUAAUCCGAAGGUGUAUCCAGAGAUUUUUUAGUCUUAAUGAUGGUCAGUCGUGGUCUCAGAAACGUCACUAUCAAGAAGCUUAUAUCCAUGGCCAUGCCGAAACCCCAGUGUAUCGGUUCUCGUUGGCUGAUGGAACCAUAGUGUCGGCACAAACCAAAAGCAAACUCUUCCGAAAUCCUGUCACAAAUGAUCGACAUGGCUUUGUUUCGACUCACUUUCUUCAGAGGGAACAGAAUGGGUAUAGACAAAACACGAAUCCUGUCGGACCAGGGAUUAGACCUCCAGCAGCUGGAUGCAGUAGUUCAGUAGGCAGCAUGAGCAUGUCGCCAAACCAAGGUUUACAGAUGCUGAGCAACAGGACCUAUGGCUUGGCUGACCCCAGCAGCAUAGGGCCAAUGAGUGGGGCUAGGUAUGGGCCCUCGAAUCCCAUAGCUUCAAUGAACCCUGGGGCAGGCAUGCAGUCACCAUCUUCCUACCAGAACAGCAACUAUGGUCUCAACAUGAGUAGUCCCCCACAUGGGAGCCCUGGCCUUGGUUCCAACCAGCAGAACAUCAUGAUAUCUCCUCGUAACCGUGGGAGUCCAAAGAUGGCCUCACACCAGUUUUCUCCUGUUGCAGGUGUGCACUCUCCCAUGGGAUCUUCUGGUAAUACUGGGAGCCACAGCUUUUCUAGCAGCUCUCUGAGUGCUCUGCAAGCUAUCAGUGAGGGAGUGGGGACUUCUCUUUUAUCCACUCUGUCUUCACCAGGCCCCAAAUUGGAUCACUCUCCCAAUAUGAAUAUGAGCCAGCCAAAUAAAGUGAACAGUCAGGAUUCUAAGAGUCCCCUGGGCUUGUAUUGUGACCAGAAUCCAGUGGAGAGUUCAAUGUGUCAGUCAAAUAGCAGGGAUCACCUCAGUGACAAAGACAGUAAGGAGAGCACUGUCGAAGGGUCAGAGAAUCAGAGGGGUCCUUUGGAAAGCAAAGGUCAUAAAAAAUUACUGCAAUUACUUACCUGUUCUUCUGAUGACCGGGGCCAUUCCUCCUUGACCAACUCCCCCUUGGAUUCAAGUUGUAAAGACUCUUCCAUUAAUGUCACCAGCCCCUCUGGGGUCUCUUCUUCAACCUCUGGAGGAGUGUCCUCCACAUCGAAUAUGCACGGGUCCCUGCUGCAGGAGAAGCACCGGAUUCUGCACAAGUUGCUGCAGGAUGGGAAUUCACCUGCGGAUGUGGCCAAGAUCACCGCAGAGGCCACUGGGAAGGACACCAGUAGUACGGCGUCCUGUGUGGAAGGGAGUGUCAAGCAGGAGCAACUGAGUCCUAAGAAGAAGGAAAAUAACGCACUUCUUAGAUACCUGCUGGACAGGGAUGAUCCUAGUGACACACUCUCCAAAGAACUGCAGCCUAAAGUGGAAGGAGUGGACGGCAAACUGAGUCAGUGCAGCAGCUCCGCCAUCCCGAGCUCGAGUCAAGAGAAGGACUCUAAAAUUAAGACAGAAACAAAUGAAGAGGGAUCUGGAGACUUGGAUAAUCUAGAUGCUAUUCUUGGUGAUCUGACUAGUUCUGACUUUUAUAAUAAUUCCAUAUCCACAAAUGGUAGUAAUCUGGGAACCAAGCAACAGAUGUUUCAAGGAACUAAUUCUCUGGGUUUGAGGAGUCCACAGUCUGUGCAGGCCAUUCGUCCCCCAUAUAACCGAGCAGUGUCUCUAGAUAGCCCUGUUGCUGUUGGAUCAAGUCCUCCAGUAAAGAAUAUCGGUGCUUUCCCCAUGUUACCAAAGCAGCCCAUGUUGGGUGGGAAUCCAAAAAUGAUGGAUAGUCAGGAAAAUUACGGCUCAACUAUGGGUGGACCAAACAGAAAUGUGACUGUGAAUCAGACUCCUUCCUCAGGAGACUGGGGCCUACCAAACUCAAAGGCCAGUAGAAUGGAACAUAUGAGUGCAAACUCCAUGGGAAGACCCGGAGCAGAUUAUAAUGCUUCCUUACCCAGACCUGCAGUGGGCGGCUCGAUGCCCACCUUGCCUCUGCGGGCCAAUAGCAUCCCAGGGGCGAGACCAGGGUUACAGCAGCAGCAGCAGCAGCAGCAGCAGCAACAGCAGCAGAUGCUUCAAAUGCGGCCUGGUGAGAUUCCCAUGGGAAUGGGGGUCAGUCCGUAUGUCCAGGCAGCACCAUCUAACCAACCGGGUUCCUGGCCAGAUGGCAUGUUGUCCAUGGAACAGGGUCCUCAUGGGACUCAAAAUAGGCCACUUCUUAGGAAUUCCCUGGAUGAUCUCCUUGGGCCACCUUCUAACCUAGAAGGGCAGAGUGAUGAAAGAGCAUUGUUGGACCAGCUGCACACUCUCUUGAGCAACACAGAUGCCACAGGCUUGGAAGAAAUUGACAGAGCUCUGGGCAUUCCUGAACUUGUAAAUCAAGGACAAGCUUUGGAGUCCAAACAGGAUGCUUUCCAGGGCCAGGAAGCGGCAGUAAUGAUGGAUCAGAAGGCGGCAUUAUAUGGGCAGACGUACCCGGCCCAGGGGCCUCCAAUGCAAGGAGGCUUUAAUCUUCAGGGACAAUCACCAUCUUUUAACUCCAUGAUGAAUCCAAUGAACCAGCAAGGCAAUUUUCCUCUCCAAGGAAUGCACCCGAGGGCCAACAUCAUGAGGCCCCGGACCAGCACCCCCAAGCAGCUCCGAAUGCAGCUUCAGCAGCGGCUGCAAGGCCAGCAGUUUUUGAAUCAGAGCCGUCAGGCGCUAGAGAUGAAAAUGGACAGCCCUGCUGCUGGGAGUGCUGCCGUCAUGAGGCCCAUGAUGCAGCCGCAGGUCACCUCCCAGCAGGGUUUUCUGAACGCCCAGAUGGUAGCUCAGCGCAGCAGGGAGCUGCUCAGUCAUCACUUCCGCCAGCAGCGGGUGGCCGUCAUGAUGCAGCAGCAGCAGCAGCAACAGCAGCAGCCGCAGCCGCAGCCGCAGGCCUUCAGCCCACCCCCGAACGUGACCGCCUCCCCCAGCAUGGAUGGGGUUUUGGCAGGGCCGGUGAUGCCACAGGCUCCUCCCCAGCAGUUUCCAUAUCCACCAAAUUACGGAAUGGGACAGCAACCAGACCCAGCCUUCGGUCGAGUGUCUAGUCCUCCCAAUGCAAUGAUGCCCUCGAGAAUGGGUCCUUCCCAGAACCCCAUGAUGCCGCACGCUCAGACCGCGCCCCUGUAUCAGUCGUCGGAGAUAAAGGGCUGGCCAUCAGGAAACCUGGCCAGGAACAGCUCGUUUCCCCAGCAGCAGUUCGCCCACCAGGGGAACCCUGCGGCGUACAGUAUGGUGCACAUGAACGGCAGCGGUGGUCCCAUGGGACAGAUGAACAUGAACUCCAUGCCCAUGGCCGGCAUGCCCAUGGGUCCUGAUCAGAAAUACUGCUGACACCCCUACACCAGGACCUCCAAGGAAAUCACUGUACAAAUGACACUGCACUAUGAUUCUCGGGAGUGAAGAAUCCUC